CUUUGAGACUUUUAAUUUAUCGCUGACAGCUGUUCAGGUUCAACAUUAUCACUUCUAUUCACUGAUAACAGGAAUCCUGCAAAAGGUGCAGAGAUAAAUCGCUGCAUAUUUUAAAGAGUUAAAGAUCUUAAAGAGUUUGAACGUAAAACUUUAUUCAGACACGAUUAGUUUAUGUUUUAGUUUUCAGUGCAGAACUUUAGUUUUUAUCUCUAAGAGCGUAAAGAGAAUGUGUGUCUGAAUGGUAUGGACACGGAGUCCCUGACAGGAACAUUUUUUUUUUCUGCUGCUGGUUCAGCUCACCUCAUUAAUGACGUCACGUUGGGGGUGGAGCUUAUGGUGCGUUUAAGGGAGCCGUCCUUAGUCAUUCACACACACAGCAGGAAAAGGACUCAGGACAACAUCAGGAUAAGCAAAGAAUUGUUUAAGAAGAAAGCAAAGACAAGAUGACGAUCGGCAGAAACUCGAGGAAAACCUCAACCCGAAGCUCCAUCCGGGCCCCCAAAUUCCUUGACAAAUCCAGCGGCUUCUACGGCCGCCUUGAUGAACCCGAGCCCGCCACAGACGACGGGUGUGAAAUAAGCGGUGGUAACGUUGAGGCUGAGGUCAAAGACGGCAGUUCCUCCCCAACAAUGGUACCCAACACAUUGGCAGACGAAGACGUGGAGGUGUUUGGGGUAAUUGAGGACGAUGGAGAGACUCUCCUGCAAAGAAAGCCAAGCCGCCUCAGCAGCAGGUGGAGAAGAAGCACCAGGAGGAAGCAGAAGGACGAGAAGGCUGAAGAGGACCCAACCCAAAACGAGAAGUCCAGCCCAGAAGUUCAGGAAGACAUGAUGAAGGUAAAGACGGAGGAAGAAACGGUGAAGGAGCCUGGCCUUGUUCACUUCCAAGUCCGGGAGUUCGCGGAUGACCGGGUUCUGAUCCGAGACAACAAGAGAGUGAGAGAAGAAGAGGAGGAAGAGUCAGAGGAAGAGAGGAAGAUGAAGAAGGAGCAAGAGGAAGGGAUGAAAAUGGUGAAGAGGAAGAAUUAUCGCAAGGCGUUUGACCGGGCGCUUCGUCGCGGCUGGGAGGCCUUCAUCACCAACCUCUACAGCGUCACGCUCACUCCUGUGACGGCCUCCUCGCCAACAUCAACCUCGCCUUCGCUGAAGAAGAAGAACCUGCACUCCUCUGUGCUGGCUGAGUUUCAGUAGAGCUGCAGCAAAAAAACAUGGACUUUCUAAAAUCCAACAUGAUGAGAUCAGGGCUGCAGCUCCAAUCCUGACAUUUACAGGACCUUAGAUUAGGUUACAUAAGCAAUAAUUAUUGAUGUUUGUUACUGAGUCUAAAUUGCUCAGUGCAGCCUUAUCGCUUUGUUUCAGUUUGCAGACUGAAGGUAUGUAUUUUACCACCUGUGGACUUUGCAUUGAAGUCUAACAUUUGUGACUGAGCUGCUCCUUUUAUUUUCUACUUUAUUCUGAAGA